AUGCAUCAUCUCAUAGGUUACCGUCCAGAUGGUAAGGGCAAGGGGACUGUCCACAGGAUCAGUCAGGUGGUGAAACAGAGCAUGGGUAUGCUUCAGGGCGAAAGGGAAUGCGAGGAUGACGAGGAUGACAAGGGUAAGGUCGGGAGUAUCCGAUCAAGGCUCCAUUCGGGCGUCAGGCUUACUGCUGGUGGACACUUUGUUCACCACCAUUUUCAAGCUGCAGAGCCCAUCAAGGUCGAGACAGUUACUGACCAUCGUAAUGGUGACGGCAGAUUGGCUGCAACCACCAUAGGUAACCGCAACUGCUUUGUGGCAGUUGUUAAUGAACAUACCAGUCUUGAGAUGGGCUGCACCACCGCAACAGGUCCAGGCCGCCGUGAUAUUGACCAUUCUGACACAGUCACUAACAACCGUGACACUCAACAGUCCAACUUCCCCCAGGCCGACCUUUUCCCGCACUCCUCUGUGACCACCUCGUCGGUCAACAUGAUUCAGGCAACCCAUCACAUCUGCGCACAAGAGCAACAUGACGAAUUAGAGGGUACAGACGUAUCAGAUGAAGUUGUGUGUGAUGCAGAUGCACUCUCUCCACUGGACUCAGAUGUCAACCAUGCGGCGGCUAUGAUGUGGGGAAACUCCUGCUUGGGAGCUCCCUUCGUUGUGGUGAACGGCAUGACGGUCAUCCCAAACAGGGUUGAUGAACCGGUCCAUGGGUCGGAAUUGUCGCCUAGUUGCAUGGAAGACGAGAUAGAAUGGUAUCACAUCUCACAAGCUGUUGUCGCGGCAGCCAAAGCGGCUUCUCAACUUGAACAUGCGGCAGCAGAAUCGCAGUCGUCAGCACUUGCCACCACAAUGGAUACUUACAUAGAAUGGCCAGAAGAAGACUCGGAAGUGGAAUAG